AUGGAGAGCCACCGCGGUGUGCGCACCGACACGCGCCACUCGUAUGUCUUCGCCCGCGUGAAGGAUUUCUUCUCCUGCGGCGACCCCGAGGUGUCCGACCGCCUGACGCAGCAGCUGGACCAGAACUUCACUGACGGCUCACGCAACUUCAUGAUGGUGCACGAGAUGCUGGAGGGCACCGGCGCCACAACGCUGCUCUUCACGUACCAGCCGGACCCCGACUUGGCGGAGGGCUCAGAUGACGUGCUACGCGUAAUGAACAUGCUGAAGGAUAAGAUUCCGUGUCUGACGAAGCGCUGCGUCUACCUCAUCCGCGCCGACGAUGGCAGGUCGAUCAGCUCACGCGAUGCGUCGCAGGCCGUGCAGGAUCUCGUCAUGGGCUCGUUCGACGCUAACAUACUGCAGAGCUAUGAGCAUCUCCUGAUGGAGGUGUACACCCCGAUCUUCAAUAGACUCGGCAAGUGGGGCAAGAACACGCUGGCGGAGCGCAACCAGUUUAUCGUGCACCUCCUCCGAUACGCCGAUCGCGUUUCGGAGCUGCAGCAGCUGCAAGGCGAGAGUUGCGAGCUGGAGCCGGUUGACGCCGAGACUUGGCGGCUGCUGCAGAGCGGCGGAGUGAACAAGCGAGGCGGCAUCAAUGACCCAGUUGUCGUGCACAGCCUUACGACGACUGUGGAGGGGUGGAUCCGCGUCGUGCACGACGUGGUGCAGCAGUCGCCCAACUACGACAACGAGCUGAGCGAUGAGAAGGCGGGGCCAAAGACGGAGAUUCAUCUUUGGAAGAACCGCCUCGCGAAGCUGCACCUCGUGGAGGAACAGCUGGAGGGCGUGGAGGCGCCGCGGGCGGUGCAGUACCUGCGCGAGGUGAAGAGCCCGCUGCUGCCCCGCUGGUGCGAGUUGGACGCGGCUCUCACCGACGCGCUCGCGGAGGCGCGCGAAAACGUGAAGUACCUGCGCUCCCUCGACAAGUACUUUGAUGUAUUAUACUCCUCUGACAUUGCACAAAUUAUUAGCAUCCUUCCUGCGCUCAUCGCGAACAUCCGCAUGAUGUACACGAUUGCACGCUACUACUCUGGGCGGGAGCGCAUGACGGCGCUCUUCUUCAAGGUGACCAACGCGAUUGUGCUGUCGUGCAAGGCAGCCAUCAAUCCCUCCGGGGUGCGCGGCCGCAUUUGGGAGAAUGGGCAGAAUCCCGACACCCUUAAGGAGCUUCUGCGGCAGCUGCAACUGAGCGCGGACUGCAACAAGGCCUACACCGAAGAGUACAAGAAGGCGCAGGAGAUGCUCGCUCACAAGGACGGCAAGCAGUUUGACUUUGAUGAGUUGAAGUUCAUGGGUCACUUCAACCUCUUCACGAAGCGCGUGGACAAACUCAUCAGCGUGUUCAGCACGGUGGAGCAGUUCAUGGAGCUCAAGGCGUACCACAUUGAUCAGAUGGAGGGCCUUAUUCCACGCUUUGAGGAGUACUUGGGCCACCUGCGCGGCAAGACCACCGACAUUCUCGACAUCCACGACAACAACAAGUUCGAUGUGGAGUUCAAAAUAUUCGAAACUCGCAUCGCCGAGUUGGAGACAUCGAUGCAGGUGGCGAUCAACUCCUCCUUCGAGAACAUCACUUCCACCGACAAUGCGCUGCAGCUGCUCGCCAAGUACCAACGCAUCCUCAAGAACGAGGCCUUCGCGGCGGACCUGGAGUCCAAGUACCUCGUUAUCUUCCACAGCUACGGCAUGGAGCUCGAGAACGACCAGAAGACGUAUGAGCGCUACAAGACCGACCCGCCGGUCGCGCGCAACAUGACGCCGGUCGCGGGUGCUAUCAACUGGGCGAGGCAGCUGCUGCGCCACAUCAAGUCGCCCAUGGAUAGAUUCAAAACGAACCGCACCAUCAUGGCGAAUACAAAGGACAGCAAAAAGGUGAUUCGUACCUACAACAAGGUGUCGGUCGCGCUGAUUGAGUUCGAGGCGAUUUGGGUGGACGCGUGGAAGCGAUCGAUUGAGUCAAGCAAAGCAGGCCUCAAUGCAACGCUGCUUGUGCGGCACGAGGGGCGGCUGCUCGUGAACUUUGAUGUGGAGAUCAUCCAGUUGAUUAAGGAGACGCGGGCGCUUAUGCUGUUGGGUGACAUUGACGUGCCCAUGUCUGCCAAGAUGGUGCUGAUGCAGGAACAGCGGCUUAAGACGUUUUACAACGAGCUUUCGCACCUCGUGAAGGAGUACGAGCGGGUGGUUGGCCGCCCGGGCGGUUCACGCAGCAAAAUUGUCGGCAUCACGCGCGCCCUUUUGCAGCCAAACCUCGAUGCCGUUGAUGCCGUUUUUCUCCCCGGCGAGACGACACUUACAUGGACGUCGAUGAACGUCGACGCAUACCUCGAGCGGGUGCACAAGGCCAUUCAGGAGCUCGACACCACCGUGGCGAAGGUGAACGACAUCAUCCAUCACCGUAUUCAGGUUAACCUGAAGCUCGUUUCCUCCACACUCCUCGUGAACAUCUUUGAGGACCACUUCUCACUCGAUCAGUUCGUGCAGGUGCAGGAGAAACACAUCCGGCAGCAGUGUGAGGUGAUGGACGUGAAAAACCGCGAGGUGGAGAACGCUGUGGAGGACGUGGUGGCAUGCAUUCUCAGCAGCCAGGGUCUCACGUACGACGCCGCCACACUCGACGAUGCCGCACGGGAGCGCAUCGCCACGCUGAAAGGGCACUUCAACCGCCUCAUGUUCAAAGCUAUCCUCACCAGCACGACGCGGUCGCUGAAUCUGCUCAAGAAGCGCGUUGGCACACGCAACCGCGUGUCGUUUCUCUUCGUGGAGAAGCCGUUCUUCGACGUAGACGUGCAGCUCAUCAACGUGGAGCCGUAUGUUUUCCUGAGCCCCUCGCUGGAUGAAGUGCAGAAGGCGAUCAACCAGUGCGCGACGGCGGUGCUGUCCUGCAGCAAGUACAUGACGCUAUGGAGCGGCCUUGGCGACGAUGCGCUUUCCUUUUUUGAGGAGAUUGCGAAGAACAAGGAGGUGGUGAAGGUUGUGCUGCUUCUUACCGGUGGCAUCCACGGCCUCAAGAAUCAGGUGAUGGAGUACCUCAGUCACUUCCGCAAGUACGAGCACCUGUGGAAGUCUGACAAGAACGUGUCAUAUGAGUCAUUCCUCAGCACGGGGCCAACGCUGGACGACUACGAGCAUCAGCUGCGCGAGUACGUCGCGCUGCAGGAGGAGGUGGAGGGGCUCACGCCGGUGUUUAAUAUUGGCAGCCUCGCGCUACAGAACAAACCGCUCAAGACGGACCUCCUGCGCAAGGUGGCGGAGUGGAAGGAACUCUUCGCAAACAAGCUGCACGCCAAGGCACAACUUGACCUCGACACACUCACGCACAAGAUGGAUGAGGAGGCGCACCAGCUGUCGAUGCCGAUCCCAGACCAGGAGAAGCUGGAGGAUCUGCGUGUGCUGAUGGGUACCCUGCAGGAGAUCCGUGAGCGUGAGUCAGUCGUGGAAUUCCAGUUCUACCCCGUCCAGCAGGCCUACGCACUGCUGCAAAGGUUCAAUGUGCAGAUAUUUAAGGAAGAAAUUGACCGCGUGGAAGACAUACGCUUCAAGUGGCGCAAGCUCCACGCACUGGCGGAACGCCGCUCUGAUGAGAUCAAUCACAUGCAGCACACCUUCAAGAAGGGUCUUACGCAAGAGGUACAGAAGUUUGGUGCUGAGGUGAUUGCGUUCCGCAACGACUACGACGUGCACGGACCGAUGGUGGAUGGGCUGAAACCACAGGAGGCAAUGGAGCGACUCAAGCGGUACCAGCGGCAGUUCGACGACAAGUACCGCAAGUGGAUAACGCUCAUGGCUGGCGAGGAGCUGUUUGGGCUGCCGCAGCACAAGUACCCGGAGCUGGUAAAGACGAAGAAGGAGCUUGAGCUGUUAGAUAAGCUCUACACGCUCUACAUUAAUGUGUUGCAGAAGGUAGAUGGAUACAAUGAUAUUUUGUGGUGUGAGCUAGACUUCGAUGCCAUUGCGGAGGAGGUGAGUGUGUUUGUGAGCCAGUGUAAGCGGCUGCCCAAAUCUCUGCGUGACUGGGACGCGUACGUGGAGCUGAAGAAGAUACUCGACGACUUUAUGGAGCUGCAGCCGGUGAUUCAGGAACUGAAGAACCCGGCAGUGGUGGAGCGGCACUGGCAGGAAAUCAUGCGCGUGACGGGGCACACGUGGCGCACUGAUGCGGACCUCUUUAAGCUGCAGAACCUCGUGGACGCGGACCUACUGCGUGUAGUAGACGAGGUCAUUGAUAUUGCGAGCUCCUCCGUGCGAGAGGCGGAGGUAGAGACGAAGUUCCGCGCCCAAGAGGCGCUGUGGAAAGAUCAGGAGCUCAAAUUCUCCGAGUUCAAGCAUCGCGGCCCUAUUAUCCUUAAGGGUGAUGACACCUCCACAAAGCGUGAGGCACUAGACGAGUCAUCGCUUGCCAUCAACUCCAUGUUGUCAUCGCGUUACUGCGCCUUUAUGCGGGACACAAUUCAGAGCUUCCUGCAGAAGCUGGUGCGCGUCAGCGAGGUGAUCACGCUGUGGGUGGAGGUGCAGUUCACGUGGCAGUAUCUUGAGGCGGUGUUUGCGGGUGGUGAUAUCAUGAAGCAGUUGCCGCAGGAGGCGAAGCGCUUCGCCAUGAUCGACAAGGCGUGGCAGAAGAUUAUGAACAAGGCGAAUGAGUCCCCCAAUGUUCUGGAGUUUUGCUACGAGAAUGAGCUGCUGCAAAACCUGCCAAAUCUGAAGGAGCAGCUCGACGAGUGCCAGCGCAAGCUUUCGCUCUACCUUGAGCAGAAGCGAAACCUGUUCCCGCGCUUCUACUUUGUGUCCGACACGGUGCUGCUGGAGAUCCUGUCGCAGGCGAGUGACCCGCAGUCGAUUCAGCCGCACUUGGCCUCCAUCUUUGACGGCCUCUCAUCGGUGCGCUUCGAGCGCGUGAAGCCGAAGGAGGCGGGGGCGCAGCCGUACUUCCAAAUUGUGGAAAUGAUUUCCGGCGAAGGCGAGUCACUUAUGAUGCGCGAGCCGACGCACUGCGUUGGCAACGUCGAGGACUGGCUCAACCGCCUCUGCGCAGGCAUGACCGACACGGUGCGUGAGGUGGUCAAGGGAAGUGUGACGGAGCUCAGCACGCUGCUCGGCAACACCAACUACCUCGGCACUAUCAUCGAGCGCUACCCCGCCCAGGUGUCGCUGCUGAUGCUGCAGUUCUUCUGGACUGCGGAUGUGACGGAGUGCAUCACGAAGGGCAUUAUGCGAGCACGUGGCAGGGAGUCGGCCACCUCACGCGCUAAGUGUGACUCUAUGAAGAACUAUCUUGUCAACAUGACCACUUCGCCGGACCUCGAGCGGCGGCCGAAGCGCAUGCGCACCAACGUUGAGACUCUUAUCACAAUUCAGGUGCAUCAACAGGAGGUGUUCAUGGAUCUGCAAAAGGCCUCCAUAAAGGACAUCACCCACUUUGACUGGCUCAAACAGGCACGCUUCUACUACAAGCCAGAGCGUGAUCUCACCAUCAUCUCUAUCGCUGACUCCGAUACGGAGUACUGCAACGAGUACCUUGGUGUUAAGGAACGUCUCGUCAUUACGCCGCUGACGGAUCGCUGCUACAUCACCUUGUCACAGGCGCUGGCGAUGUACAUGGGUGGUGCACCUGCCGGCCCUGCUGGUACAGGCAAGACUGAGACGACGAAGGAUCUCGCGCGUACGUACGGUAAGUUCUGCGUCGUGUUCAACUGCUCCGAUCAGCUGGAUCGCCAUGCAAUGGGGAAGAUCAUUCGUGGUCUCUCGCAGGCUAACGCGUGGGGCUGCUUCGACGAGUUCAACCGUAUCGACCUCCCUGUACUUUCCGUGGUGGCGCAACAGGUGAGCUGCGUGCUUCAGGCGCUGAAGCAGCACAAGGAGAAGUUCAUCUUCAUCGACGGACAGGUGACGGACCUCAUGCCGGGUGUUGGCUUCUUUAUCACAAUGAACCCUGGUUACGCCGGGCGUCAGGAACUGCCGGAGAACCUUAAGAUUCUCUUCCGUGGUGUGACCAUGAUGAUUCCCGACAGGCAAACCAUCAUGAAGGUGAAGCUCGCGUCGCAGGGCUACAGCCUCGAUGACCUGCUCAGCAAAAAGUUCUUUACUCUGUACAAGUUAUGUGAGGAGCAGCUGUCGAAACAGCGUCACUAUGACUUUGGUCUCCGUAACAUUCUCUCCGUGCUGCGUACCGCCGGUGCGGUGCUGCGCCGCAACCCUGGUAAGGAUGAGGAGGAUCUGUUCAUGCGGACACUGCGUGAUAUGAACUUGUCUAAGCUGGUAUUCGAGGACAUUGACCUCUUUGAUUCGCUGCUGCGCGAUAUGUUCCCUGGGCGGCAGUUCGUGAAGGGUUCCCACCCCGAGAUUGAGGGCGAGCUCGCCAAGGUUGUCCAGGAGAAGGGUCUGCAGUUCUGGACACCGUGGGUGAGCAAGGUGCUGCAGUUGUACGAGACGAAGCUGGUGCGCCACGGUAUCAUGGUCGUCGGACCCGCCAUGUGUGGUAAGACACGGUGCUACGAAGUUAUGACAGAGACGCUGAGCCGCACCACAGUGCCGCACCAGCAGUUGCGCAUGAAUCCCAAGGCCAUUACAGCACCACAGAUGUUUGGUCGCAUUGACGUCUCAGGUGACUGGCACGAUGGUGUGUUCUCGUCACUCUGGCGUACAGCCGUACGAAAUGCGAAGAAACGCAACAUCUGGAUUAUCUGCGAUGGACCCGUCGACGCAAUUUGGAUUGAGAACCUGAAUACCGUGCUCGAUGACAACAAGCUGCUGACGCUGGCGAACGGUGACCGUAUUCAAAUGACGGACACCAUGAAGUGCUGCUUUGAGGUGGAGAAUUUGGCGAAUGCCUCGCCUGCUACUGUGUCGCGUGCCGGUAUCAUUUUCAUCUCCGACGUCAUUCUUGGUUGGAGGCCGGUGCUGGAGUCGCGGCUGCGCGCCACGACGAGUGCGGAUGGCACGAUUCUUCCCUCCGACGUCCUCAAGACCUGCAACCCAUUGCUUGUGGAGAAACUGCUAGGUCUCUUCCUCCCGCGUGAGGGCGAGGCGGGAGAAGCGUGCCUGACGAUGCGGGUCGCGGAGUUCUACGAGAAGGACUGCUCCAUUAUCAUGAAGACGUCGGUGGCGCACCUCGUCAUCAACGCGUUCCACCUGGCGGUGGCUCUAGGUGAAGAGGUGGGUGACGGCGUCGCGGUGAGCGAUGCACUGGCGCUUCAGAUCUACUGGUUCAGUCUCUCGUGGGCCUUUGGCGGUAUGCUGGAGACGAAGGACCGCACAAAGUUUGACGCGUUCGUGCGCCAGUACUACGACGGCCUGCCGCCCACCUCUGACGGGCUCGUGUUUGACUUUUCGCUCAACUGCAAGACGGGCCAGUGGGAGCACUGGUCGUUGUUCCUCGAGAAGUGGAAGUACCCAGGCGAUGACAAGCUGGACUUCGCGACGCUCUUCAUCCCCACGGCUGACUCCGUGCGGUUGCACUUCUUGGCGAACUGCAACUUCAUCCAGAAGCGGCCAACCCUGCUGAUUGGUGUGAGCGGUACAGCCAAGACGGUUACAAUGGAGAAGCUGUUACUGAAAAUCAAGGCAGAGUCGGAGACAUCCAACUUCCGCAAGCUGAAUUUCUCAUCCAUGACGACGCCUCAGAACUUCUACAACGCCCUUGAUGACAUGACAGAAAAACGCAUGGGUUCUACCUUUGGCCCCAAGAACUGCGACCAACUGACGGUGUUCAUUGAUGACAUCAACAUGCCAGAGAUCAACGAGUGGGGCGACCAGAUCACCAACGAGAUUGUGCGGCAGGUGGUGGAGUCGAACAUGGUGUACGACCUCGGCCUUGCUGGACGGCGCAAGGAGCUGCGCGGGCUUGUCUACAUGGCCGCCAUGUCUCACCCGUCCGGUGGUAAGAACGACAUCCCUAAUCGCCUCAAACGACACUUCUCCGUGUUCAAUGUGCCGCUGCCGGAGGAGAGCUCUGUGCAGCAGAUCUUUGGCGUCAUCUUUGAGGGACGCUUCUGCAACGACAACUACUCGCGUGGAGUGCAAGACAUUGCAAAGUUGUUGACGCAGAUGUCCAUCGAUUUCUGGCGCGCCAUUGCCAAGCGGAUGUUGCCGACGCCCGAUAAGUUCCACUACUUCUUCAACCUGCGCGACCUCUCACGCAUCACGCAAGGUGUCAUGAUGGCCGGCAUGUUCUACGACCCUGAUCGGCCGGAGAAACGCUCGACCAGCAAGCCGUGGGAGACCGUCACGGACGCCACAACACUCGUGCGGGUGUGGAAACACGAGUGCUCUCGCGUCUUCAGCGACAAACUCAACAGUGUGACUGACAAGCGCUGGUUCGACGAGCACCUGCAGGAGUGCGUCACGCAGCACCUCACGCCGACGCCGUACCGUGAGGUGAUUGACCAGGUGCAGGACCCCAUCUACAUGGCGAACUACCUGCGCGAUCCCAUCUACGACCCGGAGACGGGCGAGAUCGCGGAGCCGGCCCCACGCAUCUACGAGCCGGCGGCGUCGGUGGACGUGCUGCAGGACCGUCUGCUGCGUGCCAUGAAGGCGCACGACGAGCAGAGCCGCGCCAAGCGUCUGAAGCUUGUGCUGUUUGAGGCCGCCGUGAAGAACGUUUCCCGUAUUUCGCGUGUGCUGUCGAUGCCGCGCGGUAACCUGCUUCUGGUGGGCGUUGGUGGCAGCGGCAAGCAGUCGCUCACGCGCCUCGCUGCGUAUGUGAACAGCCAGGAGUACGCCACGCUGGUGCUGUCCAAGGGCUUUGGUGUGAAUCAGCUCUUCGAUGCGAUUCGCGAGCAGUACAUUGUAUCCGCCACACGCCGCCCCGUCACGAUGCUCUUCACCGACAACGACAUCAAGCAAGAAAUCUUCCUAGAGUACAUCAAUUCCUUCUUGUCGAAUGGUGAAAUUGCUGGCCUCUUUGCCUCGGAUCAGCGCGACUCCGCCAUCAACGACAUUCGCCCUGUCAUGAAGAAGGACCCGUUUGUGAAGUUCGAUGACAUGAACGAGUCGCUGUGGAAGUAUUUCAUCAACCGUGUGCGUGAGCGGCUGCACUUCGUACUGUGCUUCUCGCCCGUCGGCGAUAAGUUCCGCACACGCGCGCGCAAGUUCCCGGCGCUCGUCUCCUCCUGUAUGAUCAACUGGUUCUUCCCGUGGCCCAAGCAGGCGCUGCUCGAUGUUUCUUCGCGUACCCUUAAAUCCUUUGAGAUGGCGACGGAGGAGAAGAACAAGAAGGCGCUGGUGGAGCUCAUGGCGGAGAUUCACUCACUGAUGCUGGAGAAGUCGGAGGAAUACCUCACACGCUACCGCCGCUCUGUCUACAGCACACCCAAGUCAUACCUCGGCUUCAUUGAAUCCUACACGAAUGUGUACAAGAAGAAGUUUGACGAGCUCAACGAGGACGCGAGCAAGAUCAACAAGGGUCUGCAGAAGCUGCACCAAGCGGGCGAGGAUGUACGGGUGAUGCGAACGCAGCUGCAAGAGAAGGAAGUGCUGUUGCAGAACAAGCGCAAGGAGACGGACGCGCUGGUGAAGGAGAUUGAGAUUCGCACCGCGGAAGCGGAGAAGAAGCGGGUAGAGGUGGAGGUGGUGAAGGAGAGUGUCGCGCGUGAUGCCGCAAUUGUGGCGGAGGGUGAGGCCGAGGCGAAGAAGGACCUUGAGGCGGCCGAACCGGCGCUGCUGGAGGCCAUUGAGUCCCUCAAUUCCAUUACCGCGAACGACUUCACGACGCUGAAGAAGCUGGCGAACCCACCCGCACUCAUUAAGCGUAUUUUCGACGCCGUCUCGGUGCUGCUGCACCGCCCUCUGCAGCCGCCUGGCGCAGAGGAGGUGAAGGGGAGUUUGUGGAUCACCGACUCUUGGGAGUUCAGCGGCCGCCAGCUUGCCUCCGACUCGGGCACCCUCGACACGCUGCGCUCCUUCGGCGAGAACCAGAAGGACUACAUUAACGAAGAGACAUGCGAGUUGCUGCUGCCGUAUCUCUGGAUGGAGGACUUCACACUGGAGCGGGCGCGCAAGGCGUCUGGUAACAUUGCCGGUCUCUGCACGUGGGUGCGGAGCAUGUACAAGUACAUCAACAUCGCGAAGAUCGUGGCGCCGAAGCGAGAGAAGCUGCGCAUUGCGACCAUCAAGCUGCGCGUGGCGAACAAGAAGAAGGAGGAGCAAGAGGAGGAGCUCGCGCGGGUCUCGGCGGAGGUCGACCGCUACAACCAGCAGUUUGCGGAGGAGAACGCAAAGAAGCAGGCGCUUGAAGAUGACGCAGCGCGCACCAAGCAGCGCAUGGACAGCGCCAACGGCCUCAUCGACGCCCUCUCCGGCGAGCGUGAGCGGUGGACGCAGCAGAGCAACGACUUCAAGUCGCUCAUUGAGCGCCUCAUUGGCGACGUGGCGCUGAGCUGCGCCUUCAUCUCGUACUGCGGCCCAUUCAACUCGGAGUUCCGCCACCAGCUGCUGUACAAGAACUUCUACACCAAGUGCAAGGAGCUGAAGAUACCGGUGACGUCCGACAUCAACGUCGUGAAGUUCCUCGUCGACGAGACGACCAUUGCGGACUGGCAGCUCGAGGGACUGCCGGCUGAUGACCACUCCGUGCAGAACGCCAUUAUGAUCACAACGAGUGCGAAGUUCCCGCUCAUGAUCGACCCGCAGGGGCAGGCGCUGAACUGGAUCCGCAAGCGCACCGAGCGCAUGCAGAGCAAGCUGUGCCAAAUGAACGACCGCACGUUCCUCAUGAACCUGCAGGAGCAGCUUGACACGGGCCGCCCGCUCCUUGUGGAGAAUGUGCCAGAGGACAUUGACCCGAUGAUUGACCCGGUGCUGGAAAAGCAGGUGGCGCGCAGCGGUAAGACGCAAUUCAUCCGCAUUAACGGUGAGGAGAUGAGCUACAACGACAAGUUCACCUUCUUCCUCACCACAAAAUUACCAAACCCGAGCUUCACACCGGAGAUGUUCGCCAAGGCACUCGUGAUUGAUUUCACCGUGACGAUGGAGGGCCUGGAGCAGCAGCUGUUGUCGCACGUUAUUGGCCGCGAGAAGGCAGAGCUCAACGAGGAGAGUGCCAAGCUCUCAGAGGACAUCAACAGCAACGAAAAGCGUCGCAAGAACCUUGAGGACAGGCUGCUGAAGCAGCUGAGCGAAUCGCAGGGCAACCUCAUCGACGAUGUGGCACUCAUUCAAACCCUCCAGGAGACAAAAGACGCAUCGGCGGAGAUUGCAGAGAAGCUCGCAACAGCGCUCGAGACAAAGAAGCGUAUCGCCGGCGCGUGCGAAGAGUACCGCCCCGUCGCGACACGUGGCGCGGUGCUGUACUUCCUCGUGGUGGAGAUGUCGCUGGUGAGUCACAUGUACCAGACCUCGCUGAUGCAGUUCGACGGCAUCUUUGACAGCUCGAUCCAGCGCUCCGAGCACCACCCCGUCACGACGCGGCGCAUCCAGUGCAUCAUCGAGUACCUCAGCAUGGCCGUCUUCAAGUACAUCAUCCGCAUGCUCUUCUCGAAACACAAGCUGCUCUUCGUGUUGCUGAUGGCAUGCAAGAUACAGAUGAAGGCGGGGCAGUUGGAUUCCACGGCCUUUGACGUCUUCCUGAAGGGCGGUGGCGCGAUGCAGGUGGACCGCUCGAAGCCCUUCGCGUGGAUGAAGGAUAAGAUGUGGGCGAGCAUUCUCGCCCUCUCGGAGCAGGUGCCACGCUCUUUCAAGCAGGUACCCGACCUCAUCAUGCGCAACGAGCAGGUGUGGCGGCAGUACAUCGACUCCGACUCUAUUGAGAGCAUCCCUGUGCCUGACAUUAACGAGAAGCUCGACACCUUUGAUCGACUCCUCAUUGUGCGUGCGCUGCGCGAGGACCGUGCCAUGCUUGCCGCCAACAUCUACGUGGCACGCACACUCGGCAAGGAAUUCGCGGAGCCGCAGCAGCUGGAACUGCAAGACGUGGUGGAAGAGACAAACGGAAUUACACCCAUUGUGUUCUUGUUGUCGCAGGGCUCUGACCCAACGACUCUUAUUGAGGCGGCGGCAAAGUCGCUCAAGAAAAAGAUAUUCCCCAUUUCCAUGGGUCAGGGACAGGAAGAGGCUGCAAUGAACAUUGUGUGCAGCGCGUGGAAUAAUGGUGACUGGGCUUUGCUGCAGAACUGCCACCUUGGCCUGCCGUUUCUGCUACAGCUGGAGGAGAAGCUUCGGCAGCAGCUGUUGCCGGGUGAAAAGAAGCCGGAGAUCCACGAGGAGGCGCGGCUGUGGGUGACGUCGGAGCCGCACACCUCAUUCCCGAUUGGGCUGCUGCAGAUGUCGAUCAAGCUGACCAACGAGCCCCCGCAGGGCAUCAAGGCAGGCCUCGUCCGCACAUACUCGUGGAUGUCACAGGACUACCUGGAGAUGUUCCGUCGCCCCGAGUGGCGGCCGAUGCUUUUCACGCAGUGCUUCCUCCAUUCCGUUGUGGUAGAGCGGCGUAAGUUUGGACCUAUUGGCUUCAGUGUGCCGUACGAAUUUAACCAAGGUGACUGGACCGCCUCGGUGCAGUUCCUCAUCAACCACAUGACCACCAUUGGCGAGGCGCUCAAGAACCCAGUGAAUCGUGAUACAGUGUGCUACAUGGUGUCUGACAUUCAGUACGGUGGCCGUAUCACGGACAACAAUGACCGCGCACUUUUCAAGGCUAUUACGGAGUUCCUCUACGAUUUGCGCAUCACCAACCCUGAUAAGGUUCGUGACAUGAAGCCGAAUGCCGAUGGCAAGGCCAACACGAACAGCAAUAGCAAUAAUGGCACUGUGGGGUGUGGUAGCGGUGGAGAUGCAAUGGAGUUUGCCCCUGGCUAUGCCAUCCCAUCGUUUGACGACAUCAACAAGCACCGCGAGUUUAUUCGUGAGACGUAUCCUGAUGUGGACACGACAGAGGUCUUCCAGAUGCACUCCAACGCCGAUAUCACGUACCGCACGCGGCAGGCGCAGGAGGCCCUCACAACAAUUCUCGAUAUUCAGCCCCGCGACGCGGUGGUGCAGGGCGGCGUAACGCGCGAGGAGAAGGUGCUCGGGAUGGCGGACGGCUUCCUGCGGCAGCUGCCAGAGCACUGGACGGUUGACCGCAAGCAGUACCUCAGUGACCGGCAGCCGCUUUCCAUUUUCGCUGGGCAGGAGAUUGACCGCCUGAGCGUCACCAUCCGUGUGAUUCGACAGACGUGCACGAACCUGAAGUUGGCGGUGGCUGGCACCAUCAUCCUCACACCGGCACUGCAGGACGCGCUGGACUAUUUGUACGCCGCACGUGUGCCACCGUCGUGGGUGGCGGUGGGCUGGCCGUCGCCGAACAUCUCGCUGUGGUUCGCGGAGGUGCUGCGCCGCUACGAGCAGCUCGACAGCUGGGCGCGCAACGGCCGCCCGCCGGUGUACUGGUUGCCCGGCUUCUUCAACCCGCAGGGCUUCCUCACGUCGGUGCGGCAGGAGAUCACACGUAGCCACGCCAACGAACCAAUCCCGUGGGCGCUGGACAAGGUGGAAACCCGCACGGAGGUGCGCUCCGCCGAGUACCGCCCCAACCAGGAGCCGAAGGCAGAGGACCUCAAGACCGAGCGCGGCGAGGUCGUCAUCUACGGCCUCUUCCUCGAGAGCGCCAUGUGGGACAAGGCGAACAAGCGGCUCAAGGACCCCCCGCCCGGUGACCUUUUCCGCGAGUUGCCGAUGCUGCUCAUCUCUGCAUACAACAAGGACGCCCCACCGACCUACCACAACGCGCCCGUGAAGCCAGGGCAGUUGAAGGAGAAGCAGAAGAAGCAGGAGUACUACCGCUGCCCUGUGUACAAGUACCCGACGCGGUCAGAUCUGCAUUGGAUCUUUGACGUCAACCUCCCUGUCGCAGAGGAUGACGCGUAUUGGCGCAUGCGUGGUGUCUCCCUGCUCGGCUCUACGGAUUAG